AUGGCGUUCUUUUCCGCCUACGGCCCUCCCGAUCACUCGGAGUCCGAUAAUCUGGGGGUGGACUGGGUGGUUCGCUAUGAUUUUGAGAAUCUCGAAUUUACCCAGGCCGUCGAAGAAUUCCGUACCCUCAUCCAUGAUCUCGAAGAAGCCCAUCUACAGACCCAGGUCCGCCAUGGUCAUGGCUCCUCGCUGCUGGUGUUCAUUCGGGUACCCCGCGAUCACCUAGGAAAAAUGGUCCAUCAAUCUCGUGUGAAAGACUGGCUAUAUGGAAUUGCUCACGAGCUGCCCGUUGGCGACGACCAAACGAUCGCCGAAUCCGAAAGCCCUGCCGAAGAACUCCGGUCGGUAUACCACGCAGUGACGUGGCAGAAGUCGCUGGGAGGUGCUGGCAUCACGGCGCAGCAUGGUCCCUGGAAGCAUGUCACCGCGGCUAUCCCGCUCCACGACCCGGCCGCAAACGCUGAGCUGUUGCGGAAAUGGAGCCGGUCGAUACUUUUGACACCGGAUGACCUGGACGCUAUUAGAGCUUUGUAUGGCGAGAAGGUUGCUUUUUACUACGCCUUCAUCCAUUGCUAUUCGACUUUCCUGUUCUUCCCCGCCGCAUGGGGCGUCUUUUCAUGGCUUUAUCUGGGUCCUUAUUCCGUCGCCGGCGCCGUGGUCAACUGUCUGUGGUGCAUCGUUUUUGUUGAAUAUUGGAAGAUUCGCGAGACCGAGCUUAGCUUGCGAUGGAACGUGAAAGGUGUGGGUGCCCUGAAGGUGAAUCGUGUGCAAUACGUUUGGGACAAAGAGAUCAAGAAUCCCAUCAGCGGAGAGACAGUGCGUGUUUUCUCGGCCCACAAGCAGCUUCUUCGCCAGCUCCUGUUGAUUCCUUUUGCUACGGUCGCAAGCUUGGCACUCGGAACGCUGAUCGUGGCCUCGUUUGCUUUGGAGGUUUUCAUUUCUGAGGUGUACAACGGCCCCUUCAAGAGCUACCUGGAGUUCCUGCCGACCGUGCUUUUCUCCCUUUCGCUGCCUUCAAUCACCAACGUGCUCACCCGGGUCGCCCUCCGGUUGACCAAGUACGAGAACUACCGCACCCAGGACCAGUACGACCUAGCUCAGACGUCAAAGACUUUUGUCAUGCACUUCAUCACGGCGUUCCUGCCCACCAUUCUGACCGCUUUUGUGUACGUCCCGUUUGGCGAGCGCAUCCUGCCGUAUCUCGACGUGUUCAGCGUGCGAGGGGUGUCCAACACCCUGAACCCGUCGCAAGUGCACAUUGACACCUCUCGAUUGCAGCAGGAGGUUAUCUCGCUGUCUAUCACCGCACAGGCUCUCAACUUUGGCGAGGAGGUGGUGUUUCCCUACGCGAAACGCGUGCUAUUGCAGAAAUGGCGUGAUUGGCGCGAAAAGCGAGGAACGGCAGGCCACGCCAGGAACCUUUCGAAACAGACCGAUCGAUUGUUGGCCGAUUUGCCCGACGAGGCCGGCUUUCUCACGCGCGUUCGGAACGAGACCGAAGCAGACGAGUACGACGUGCAUGAAGAUAUCUUGGAGAUGGCCGUUCAAUACGGGUAUCUAGCUCUCUUCGGCAUAUCGUGGCCUUUGGUGCCUCUAGGAUUCUUAGCCAAUAACUGGCUGGAGUUGCGCGGCGACUUCUUCAAACUGAGUCUGGAGUGUCAGCGACCGCCGCCUAUCCGUGCCGACUCGAUAGGACCGUCACUGCAAGGGUUAGAACUUCUCACCUGGCUCGGAUGUUUGUCCACGGCCGCCAUUGUAUACUUGUACCGCGACGGAAUGCAAGAGGUGAAUACUACUUCGCUACUCCUGUCUAUUCUUGUGGCAGAAUGGGCCUACCUGAUGGUGCGGUACGCAGUGCACACGGGCUUGCAGAAAUUGACGGAGGGGGUCAAACGACGAGAAUCGGCCAAACGGUAUGCAGUCCGCAAGGCGUACCUGGAUACCUUCUCGGAAUGCGCGUCUCCGCGCAGCAAGACCAAGGUGCGCUUCCAGGACCGGGUCAGCGUCUACACCACCUCUACCGACGUGAAGACGGGCUCCGAGGAAGCCCUGCACGGAGAACAAAAUGGCAACGGAAAAUCAGAGAAAUUCUGGUCGUGGCCUCAGCAGGAGACAGCGGACGCAGGCGUUCGGCUGAUCAAGGCAUUGAGCUCGGAGAGUAAGCCCGUGAAAGAUGCGAAGGGAGCGUAG